GUGGCUUUGUGAGUUCGGUGAAAGGAAAUGGUUUCGGUUUUGGAUACAAUGCCCAGAUGGGUUCCGGGAUCCCUUACAGGAGUACUGUGGUAAUGCCGGAGAGUUUUUUGCCGUUGAAUCGAUCUCUAUUUUGUGAGUCUGUCCAGGGGAAAUGUCAGUCAAUACUGAGAGUGGGCUUUUGUAUAAUCUCCCGCCGGAGGUUUCGAGAAAGCGAAGUAGAGAGGAGCAGUUUAUUGCCUCCGCUGAAGAUGUGGCGCCGCUCUUGCAGCAAUAUCAAUUUGAAAUUGAUUGGAUUGUUUAUGAGGAAAUUGAGAAUGAAAUUGGAAGAGAGGCAGAAGCAAGAAGCCAGAAUUUUGGUGGCCGCCAUUGGAGAAGAUGUUAUGAAGAAAGUGAGGGAGAAAGACGAACAGAUUCAGGGAAAGCUGAAUUCGGAGACCAAGGGACCCGAUUGUAG